CAGCAGUUCCCAUAAACCUGGGAACAGAAACCUCACAGCUAACCUCCCAUAGACUUCACACACUUAAUACUCGGCAUUGUGAUGAUCACAGAAGCCAAGGCCUCCUAAAAGAAGACAGCUCACAUUUGCCUGCCUACUACCAGCUUUUUAUCUUGCUCUUGACCACUCAGAACUUCAGUUUUCCUGCUAUUGCCUUCCAGCAUCAUGGAGAAAGUCCAGUACCUCACUCGCUCUGCUAUCAGGAGAGCCUCAACUAUUGAAAUGCCUCAGCAAGCACGGCAAAAUCUCCAGAAUCUUUUUAUCAAUUUCUGUCUCAUCUUGAUCUGUCUCCUGCUGAUCUGCAUCAUUGUGAUGCUUCUAUGAAGUACGGCUGCCACCUCCAGAUCUGUGACAUGCCAGCUCAGCUUCAAACCUAGCACCUCCUCAUGGGGGGAAAUACAGCCUGCUCCCUGCCUAGAAUGCCUUUGUGAAGGUCAAGAUGAGGGGUGAAACUAACCCUUAGCCAAUGUAUUCAUCUGGAUCUUGUAAACAAACUUUACAGUGACUAAGUGUGCAUAAUGAAGCUGCCGAUUUCCUCAAAAUGGCUCAUAAAUUUCUUUCCUGAUUAUUUCUGACAAUGAAGUAUGAGUUUUCAUUUUGAAACAGCACUGCCGAAAGUUCACUUUCUCCAUCCAGCACUAGCUUUACUGCUAAGAAGCUCACUUUAUAGCUCAGUCUUGGGGAUAAAUGAAAUUUAUACUGCAUUGCCAACACUUUUUUUUUCUACAGGAACUAAGUAUUCUUCAGGUCUUCACAAAGUAGAAAAACAAUAAUUUAAAUGAAGUGUUCUUAUUCAAAGUAGUUCACUGGUCCUCACAUGUAUGACUACUGUUAUUAUUAUAUUAUACAGAAGUCUUGAUAAUUACUCUGUCAGAAUAAAUACCUUAAAAUAAAGAUCUUGUCAUUUAUCUAUACACUAAUAUUUUAAGCUUAUGAGAAUCAAAUAUGAAAAAAUCAAAUUCUCAUAUAAAUAAAAUUCCUUAUCAUAAAUUUUUCUCAAGGAUUAUGGAAUUUACAAUUAAGUUAAGCACAAAUCUGCUCUCUUCAGGGAUUGGUGAUCAAUAAGAACAAAUAUCUUACUAUGUGGCUGUGAUAAUUACUAAUAAAGCAAAAUCUCACCUGAAUUUGACACUGACAUAGAUAUCCUUGGUUUUAUAGGAUUUCUCCUAUUCCAAUCAGAUUUCCAAUAACAAGAAAACAUAUUAUUUCAAGCAUUAUAAUUUUUUAAAUUCUGAACCCUCUCUCUCCAAACACUUCCAUUAUACUUAAAUGUGAACUUUUAUUCUGUAUAAUCUGUAUUAAGAUUUAGCUGUCCUCCUCUAUUGCCCAGAGAAUUAGCAUUUGCUUUACUAAGUUUAGUAGAGCUAGCAACACUAUAAUUCUUACUGAGUAUGUUUUCAAUAUCCCUUUUUAAAUUUUUAAAUAUCUUUCUUUCAAUAACUACUAAAAGAAUAGGAGCAGAAAACUAUGUUGGAAAACAUAGUCACCAAAACGUAGUAACUUAAAUUGGCAAAAUAUAAAACUAUUUAGACCUCUACUUUGUAAUCUCCUAAUUUUCAGCCCAAUUCAAGAUAUGCUACCAAUACAGCAAUUACUAAGAAAGAGAAAAUGCAAUUAGACACACUUUCCACAAAGACUGUAAGGAUAUAAAGCAUCAAUAUUCACUUUGGUUUUAGCAGGAUGCUGAUUCAAACUGAAUGCGUGGUAGAAAAGGAGAUGUUUGGGUUCAGAAGUUAAAAAGUUGUCAAAAGGAGUCCAUGUUAUAAAGGAAGGUUGGAUAGGGGAGCAGGGAAGCACAUAUCUUAGUUAAGGGAGCCACCUUAGUGUUGGCAAGAGACUUGAACCUAGAGUGGCUCCCAGGAGCCCAAGGCGAUGUCCCCAGUUAGUCCCUUGGGAAGCUGAGGAUAGGGAACCUGAAAUGACCCUAUCCUAUAGCAAUACUGACGAAUAUCUUUCAUAUCACCAUAGAACCUUCAUCUGGUGAUGGAUGGAGAUAGAGACAGAGACCCACACUGGAGCACUGGACUGAGCUCCCAAGGUCCCAAUGAAGAGCAGAUGGAGGGAGAACACGAGCAAGGAUGUCAGGACCAUGGGGGGUGCACCCACCCACUGAGACAGUGGGGCUGAUCUAUUGGGAGCUCACCAAGGCCAGCUGGACUGUGACUGAAAAAGCAUGGGAUAAAACUGGACUCUCUGAUCAUGGCGAACAAUAAGGACUGAUGAGAAGCCAAGGUCAAUGGCAAGGGGUUUUGAUCCUACUUCAUGAUCCGGCUUGGUGGGAGCCUAGCCAGUUUGAAUGUUCACCUUCCUAGACAUGGACGGAGGGGGGAGGUCCUUGGACUUUCCACAGGGCAGGGAACCAUGACUGCUCUUUGGAUUGGAGAGGGAGGGGGAGAGGAGUGGGGGAAGGGGGAGAAGAGUGGG